AUGUCUGAGGAGAAACCUAAGGUCGGUACUGCUCUGUUUCACGGUUUCACGGUUUUUCACUCAACUGUUUAAGGCUUAUGAUGCCAGUUGUAAGUUAACGUUAGCCUCUCCUGCUAAGCUAGCCGUGCUUCCAGGCUCCAGAUAGCGCAUUUGAGCGGGUCGACGGAGAAAACAAAGGUUGACAAAAUUGCGGAUCUUUCGCUUUCAGGCGCACAGUGUUAAGGUAAUACGGGUCGAAUAUCAUAACUGCGCCCUUCUACUGCUUGUUGUGUUACCAUUAGACGAAACCAUGUGGAAACGACGGUGUGAGACACUGCCAGCGAAAUGAAUGAUUUGAGGGUUUUUUUUCUUUUCAUUUGCGCCAUUGUGGCUCUCUGCGCCAGUUUGAGCACCGACUAGCAUGCUAUGCUAACAAGAAAAGAACCGCAGGUGGUACCUUAUGGUAGCAUAAUGCGUGUAAAUGUGGUGUUUUAUUGAUAUAUGCGUGACCUGAGGACCAAGCUUACCAUGUAAACAAAACUAAUUUAACCUUCAGUCGGCUGCUGUGGAUCGGAGUCGUGUUCCCAGACACCGGUGUUCCGAUCAAUCUCUAAUCAGAUCAAUAUUACCAGGUGGUGUCGGUGCAUGCUUGUAGUUACGGAUGUUUUGCAGGAAAAGGAGGCAUCCUGAGAUAAAGUAUUACUUUAUCUUUUAACGAUGUCAUGUGCAAUACACCCACCAGCCAUAACAGUAUGACUACUUAAGCAACCUAAUGCAAACCAAUAUAACAACCUCUGCUUUUGGGAGGCUACUCAAAUUUAAAGUGUUUGUUGACAUGAUCAUACAGAUGAUAUUAAGAUACACUCCAUGUACUUUAAAUGUAUUCUAAAAGACAAAGUGGUGGUGUACUGAUGUGUGUUGUAUUGAAAGGUACUCCUCAGAUUUGUUAAUUCCAAUAAUAUAGGUGCCUUUCAACUCAUCACUAACACCCACUAAUGAAUGUGAAGAGUAGGUAUCAUCUGUCUACAAAACCUCAAUAUUUGAAGCUGUGUAAAAAUAGAAUUAAUGGUAGAGCUGCUUUAUUGGAUUGCAUUUAAUUGCCCAGGUGUUUAUAAUGUUGUGGCUGCCCAGUUUAUACAACCGUACUCACUGUUUGUGUGCGUAACUGAAAUGGUGGCACCAGACUAUGUAUACAAAUCACUCAUGCGUGUCGCUGCUUCUGCUUGUGAUUGUUUUCGUUUCAGGAAGGAGUCAAGACAGAGAACGACCACAUUAACCUGAAGGUGGCCGGUCAGGAUGGCUCAGUAGUACAGUUCAAAAUCAAAAGGCAUACUCCACUUAACAAACUAAUGAAGGCAUACUGCGAAAGACAGGUGUGUCAUUUUUACAGUUUUUAAAAACAGGAUUACAUUAACACUGUGAUUGACAAUCUUAUCAUUAAUCUCUUUUUUGCAUUCCUCUCUUCUCUGUCUUUUUAAAGGGACUGUCAAUUCGUCAAAUACGCUUUAGGUUUGAUGGGCAGCCAAUUAAUGAAACAGACACACCGGCACAGGUAAGAACAGGCUGUACAUAGUCUACUAUUCAUAGGUAUUUUCUGAAAACAUCAGUGAGCUUACUAUGUCCUCAAUUGAUUGCUCAUAAAAUGAGAGUAGAAGCUGAGAUCUGGAUAAUGGCAUUUACAAUUGUAACAAACCAUGCUCAAAAACACUGACUGUGGACUUUUUGAAAAUGCUUAAAUCAACUACACUUAAAUUUUUCUGUUUCGUUUGAAUAUGGAUUAAUCAUUUAAGAUAGAAAGAGGUCAUUCCUGAGCGUUUACAGUGCUUGUGGGUAGACUACAGUACAUUUUGGACAGGCCAGGACUUGCUGUUUCCAGUCAUAAUACUAUUCCAAGCUGAUCAGCAGUCGGCUGUAGCUUGGAGUUUGGCUUGCAGACAUUUGAGUUUUAUUGAUCCUUAUUUCUAUGUUGGCACGAAAGACAAAUUCACUCAGGAUGAGCUCUUUCAAGCGGCGUGGCUGAAAAGAUCAUAUUUGUUUAUACAGUCCAAAAAAACAUCUGAUGAAAUGGCUUUUAUCUUCUUUUUUAAACAAAUACCAUAGAUAUCUUAAUAAGUCUGUUCCAGUGCCAAAAAAGCAGGGCAUUGCUUUUCUUUUCUAUAAGGAUAACCUUGUAUUACAUUUUUUUAUUCAAUGAAACAAAGGCAAAUGUAAAAUUGACAGAAGAUUGUUACUUCUCAGUGCCAGACACAGAACUCUUUACUGUACUUUAAUGAGGAAAUGUGUAUUUGCUGUUGGAGACAAAACCAGCUCGUUCCUAAAUGUCUAAUGGGUGUUCUUUUUUUUGUUUUUGUGUGCGUGUUUUUACAGCUGGAGAUGGAGGACGAGGACACUAUUGAUGUAUUCCAACAACAGACAGGGGGGCUGUGUUCUUAA